UGUCUAGUGUAAAAAAAAACUGUGUCACAUUACAAUAAAAAAAAUGGUAGUUACAAAAAAAUUCAUUUUAGAAAAAUCGUUUAACGGUGCUCCGAGAGAUGACAAUUUCAAAUUAAUAGAAGAACAGCUUGACGAAUUAAAAAAUGGAGAAAUCUUAGUUGAAGCAAUCUGGCUUAGUGUUGAUCCAUACAUAAGACCUUACUCGAACCAUGUAUCACCUGGAACAACUGUUAUGGGUACACAGAUUGCCAAAAUCAUCAAAUCGAACAAUAAAGAUUAUAAAGAGGGUCAAAAAGUGUUCUGUUCUACUGGUUGGAGGACACAUAGUAUUAUCAAUCCAAGUACUUUAGGAAAAGACAAAAUGCCUAGUUUUUAUGUUCUCCCAGAUUUCGGAAACUUAUCAUGUUCACUUGGUCUUGGAGUACUUGGAAUGCCAGGAAAUACUGCUUUAUUUGGAUUUUUAAAUAUAUGCAAUCCAAAACCAGGCGAGACUGUGGUUAUUAGUGCUGCAGCAGGAGCUGUGGGCAGUCACGUGGGACAAAUUGCAAAGAGUUUAGGAUGUUAUGUAAUUGGUUUUGCGGGAUCGGACCAUAAGGUGGAAUGGCUAAAGGAAGUUCUUAAAUUUGACGCAGCGUUCAAUUACAAAACGAAAGACGUCACAGCUGCUCUUCUCGAGGCCGCGCCACAUGGAGUGGACUGUUACUUCGAUAAUGUUGGAGGCGAGUUCAGCAGUUCAGUAAUCUAUAGAAUGAAAAAUUUUGGACGAGUAUCUGUUUGUGGUUCAAUUUCAUCAUACAAUGCUAAUCCAAAAGAUUUACCAAAAGUACCAAUGUUGCAACCAGCAAUCGUAUUUAAACAGCUAAAAAUUGAAGGUUUCAUUGUUAGUAGAUGGAGUGAUGUAUGGCAAAAUGGUAUUGAACGUAAUCUAAAUCUCAUAAAAGAAGGCAAACUUAUUUACCCUGAACACAUUACUCAAGGAUUUGAAAAUUUACCACAAGCAUUUAUGGGUAUGUUAAAUGGAGAGAACAUUGGAAAAGUUUUAGUAAAAGUUUAAACAAUGCUGGUAUAAUGUUAACAUUUCCGAUUAAGUAACCAAUCAUACCUAAUACUAUUUUUUAUUUUAUAUAAAUUAUAUUGUGUAUUUUUGUAUUACUUUUAGAUCUGAGAAUAUUUU